AUGGCGCUGUGCCAGUCCUCCCGGGACUUGAGACAAACCCAGAGACCAGACUCAGGAGGAGGAAGAGUAACUGCAUCCUCUGAGGUUCAGUUAGCAGACUUUAAUGACAAAGAAGACCUGAGUGCUGCAGACCGAAGAAUCAGAGAGCAUCAGGAGAUGGAGAGGAAGGAGGAGCUGAAGUUCGGCGGCGAGGCCAUGUCUCUGCCUGCAGACCUGAGCUGCCUGCAGGGCGUCGGGGGGGCGGAGGGGGAGGUGGCGUUGGCCACUCUGGAGAAACAGCUGAUCUGUCCCAUCUGUCUGGAGCUCUUCAACAAACCGGUGGUGAUCCUGCCCUGCCAACACAACCUCUGCAGGAAGUGUGCCAACGAGCUCUACCAGCCCUCGCUGUUCCAGGCUCGCACCACCAUGAUGAUCAACAGCGGCCGCUUCCGCUGCCCGUCCUGCAGACUGGAGGUGGUGCUGGAUCGACACGGCGUCUACGGGCUGCCGAGGAACCUGCUGGUGGAGAACAUCAUCGACGUCUACAAACAGGAAGUCAGCAACUACAACAACAAGGUGGCGAGCUCCCUCCCUCCUCCUCCUCCCUCCCCUGCUCAGCUGACGUGUUCGGACCAUGAGGGGGAGAAGGUGAACAUCUACUGCCUCACCUGUAAGGUUCCCACCUGCUCUCUGUGCAAAGUGUUCGGGGCUCAUCAGUCCUGUCAGGUGGCUCCUCUGAGCGCCGUCUACCAGCUGCAAAAGGAUGAGCUGAGUGAGGAGGUCAGCUCUCUGAAGGCGUACAACGACAAAGUCCAGGCUCUGAUGGGUGACAUCGAGCAGACCUGCAGGAACAUAGAGGAGAACUCCAAGACUCAGAAGCAGAGAGUGUGUGAGCAGUUCAAUCACAUAUUAUCCAUUCUGGACGAGAAACGAAAGGCGAUGACAGAGAAGAUCACCUCGGAGCAGGAGGAGAAAACAGGUCACGCUCAGGUGUUGAUUCGGAGCUAUAAAGACGGCGUGGAGGCCAACAACAAGCUGAUGGAGAGAGCGGCGGGCAGCAUGGAGGAGCCUGACACGGCUGCUUUCGUUCAGGGUUCAAGAGAGCUCAUUACAAAAGUGAUCGCAGCAGCCAGUUUCUCUCCUGCAGAGACUCUGAGACCAGGAUCUGAGACUUUGAGUCUCUACACCUUUAACUUCAGCAGACAGGAGAGAGCUCUGAGGAGCAUCGACUUCCCCAGAGUUGUGGAAGAAGUUCCUGAAGAACAAGAGACAGAACCAGCUCCAGAAGAACCCAAAGAGACCUCAGCCCAGAGCACAGAACCAAGACCCAACCAUGAGACCUUGAUCCAGAACCCUGGAUCUGCUGCAGAACCACUUCAAGAGGCGAUAUCUCCAGUACUGAUAUCUCCGGUACUGAUAUCUCCACUACUGAUAUCUCCAUCACCAGUACAGACAGCAGCACCCAGACCAAGUCAAGCAGAUCCAGGUCUGCUCAGGGACUCUGAGGAGGAGCGUGCAGGAUCUGUUCUGCAGACAGAGACUGAGAACUUGGACCUAAACAACCAGAGGUCAGAAGUGAUGAAGAGCAAGAAGGAGGAGGAGAGGGCAGACGAGGAGGUGGAGAAACGAUGUGCAGGUCCUGAUCCUGUGAAAGAGGAGAGCAGCAGGGAGCAGGAGCAGGAGGAGGAGGGGAUGAGCACUCUGCAGGCCAUCACCCUUGUCUUCUACCUGCUGGCCUUCCUGGUCAUCCUGCAGAGGGUGUGGGCUUACAUCGGCUGCUUCAUCUGCAUAUAAAGACACACAGGAGACACACUCAUCCUCACUGCUGCACCGCUCAGAUGAAAACCAAGACGAGUCCUCCUCCCCGCCUCCCUCGCUCCUUGGUGGAACCCUGAUCAGAAGAAGAAGAAGGAGAAGAAGAAAAAAAGAGAGAGAGAGAGAGAGAGAGAGAGAGAGAGAAGGAGAGGAUCUUUGGACAUGAGGUUAGAGCUGUUCUUCAGAGCUCCUCUGAGACUGGAAAGACAACGUGUUUUUGGGACUUCAGAGCUACAGAUGUUUUUCAUCGUCUGAUUUGUUCUAGAUGUUGGUUCAGUUAAAAACAGAUUCUGUGUCACGUUGGUGAAGAGAGGGAACAGAUCUGCUCUGGACCUGUGAGUCAAAUCUGAUGGUGUUUUAUUUUAUGACUGAAGAUGUGUUUAUUUUAAAGGGAAUAUGUCUCCUCUCAUGUCUCGUCUUUAAAGGAUUUUUUGUGUUUUUACUUGAACAAACUCUGAAAAUAUCUCAGAUCUAAAAGUUUACUGUGUCAUAAUGCAGCAGAUUCAUAUUAAAAAUAUAUCACAUGAAGGUUUUAUGUCAUAAAAACUGAACUGUCUUUUUGUUAUACACAUUUAAACCAUCAGGAAGUUUAGUCCAGACUCAAAAUACUUCUUAAUGUCAAGAAUCUGUGGGGAUAAUAAAGAGGAAGAAGAAGAAGAAGAAGUCAGCAGGGUCAGUGUUUGAGUUACUGGAUUGAUUUAUGUCUUUAUUUCAAACAGACUCAUAAAUAAAAGAAGAUAAAAAGGUAAAAAAGAAGAGAAAGGAAACUAAAGUUACAAAAUCAACGACCAUGUUUCACAGAAAGGAAAAACAGAUGAGGAUGACCUGGACAUUCACUUUCCAACAAAUAUAACAAAUAUCCAUCCAGUUCUGACAGCAGAGAAAAUAUUAGAAUAGUAAUUAAAUACAUUUUUUAUAUAUAUUAUUAAUAAGUAUUUAUUCCCACACUUCUCACACUUCAGUUCUUUAGAUAUUAGUUUCCCCUUAAUUUAUAACCUCCCUCUUUUUUUAUUUUAGUCCAAAGUUUUUAAUUUCUCAUGUAAUUUUUAUUGUUUUAAGAUAAACUUGAUCCAAGAGCUUCAAAUUAAUAUUUUCCCCUGGGUGUGAUUUUGUUUAAUUUGGACGUCCUGUGUAAUUUUCUGUGUUUUGGUUUGAUACAGAAAGUCUUUGGUGUGUGUGAGAAUCGUCUCUUCAGGGUUUGAUAUUUUGUAAACUGGUGUCUAAAGCAGGGCAGAUUAUUUUGAUGUCAUAUUUGUCAUGUUUGAUAAACCUGUAGAUUAA